AUGCCGACCCGCGCCGACGCUGCGAGGGACACGAAUCCGAGCGGGACUGGUGCUCCACCACGAGCGCAGUCCAACAGCUAUCGUGACUCGACGCUAGGCAUCUUCGCCUUGCUGCUUGCCUUCCGCAUCGUGAACGCACUAACUCUGCGCUCCUUUUUCCAGCCCGACGAGUUCUUCCAGUCCCUCGAGCCUGCAUGGCAGCUGACUUUUGGCCCUGACAGCAAUGCCUGGAUCACUUGGGAGUGGAGAUCCCAAUUGAGGUCGUCCCUGCAUCCAGCGCUAUUCGCAGCCGUCUAUCGAGUCGCGGCACAUCUCGCUGACCUCUGUGGCUUGAGCUUGCCUGCUAAAGCCGAACUACUCUUAGCUGCCCCGAAAGUUAUCCAAGCAGUCUUUGCAGCCUUGCUUGAUUGCUACACAUGGAAACUUGCCGAAAAGGUUUACGGUCGUGGCAGUCGCACUGCCCUUACUACUCUUGCGUUGUCUGUCUGCAGCCCAUGGCAGUGGUUCUGCGCAACUCGGACACUUUCCAAUUGUCUUGAGACUACCAUCACUUCUGUCGCUAUUUACUAUUGGCCUUGGCAGGGUAAGGGUAAAACGCAUAUUGCACACCAGGACCUCGGCUCCCUCCCAGAGUUGCGCCUGUCACUACUGCUGGCAGCGCUUGCGUGUAUUCUCCGGCCCACCAAUGCUCUCAUCUGGCUGUUCGUAUCCAUCCCAACCUUAUGGCAAGCCUCACAGCGGCUACGCUAUGUGUUGGCCCGUGAAAUCCUGAUUUGCGGCUCCGCCGUCCUGGUAUGCUCAGUCGCGACCGAUCGGCUCUACUACAGGGUCUGGACUCUUCCGCCGCUUAGAUUUCUCUAUUUCAAUAUCGCCCAGUCGUUAGCCGUCUUCUACGGGAGGAACCGAGGCGACUAUUAUUUCACCGAAGGUUUGCCGUUGCUCCUCACGACAUCGUUGCCGUUUGCCGCCAUCGGCUUAUGGCAGUCGUUGCAGGGCCCAGAGCCAGAGCCACUUGGCUCGGCCGAAAACGAUAGACCGGGUAAUACAGCAGCUUCUUCAAGUGAAGAUGUUACUGGCGGUCGGAUUCUUGCCCGUCUAUCAUGGACGGUGAUUGCCAUGACUGUUACGCUAAGUUUGAUAUCGCACAAGGAAGUCCGCUUUCUCUACCCGGUCCUACCUUUCCUCCACAUUAUUUCCGCCAGGCCACUCAGCAAGUUCCUACCUCCCCGUGCCGCACUAUGGCACAAAACAGUUAUCCUGUUUCUUCUAAUUGCAAAUAUCAUACUUGCUGGCUAUGCGUCUCAGGUCCAUCAGCGUGGAGUCAUUGACGUACUCGCCUAUCUCCGCCAUAAACAUGAAACGCGUAACAGCCUAUUAGACACUCGUAGCAGUACCGGUAGCAACAGUCCUGCCGUGUCCAAUACAACAGUCGGCUUCCUCAUGCCCUGCCACUCCACACCCUGGCGCUCCCACCUCAUCUACCCUGAAAUAUCCGCAUGGGCUUUGACCUGCGAACCACCCAUCGACAUAUCUCUCUCCGAGCGCUCGACCUAUCUCGACGAGGCGGAUGAGUUCUACAUCAAACCUGGUCCGGUGGCCUGGCUCAGAGGCAAUAUGGAAGAUGUGCAGACGAUCAAGGCAAGUGGAAGUAGAUCAGGCCAGCAUUGGAUGCGCCAGGAUCCAAAGUUCAAACGCAAGUACCGGCGUGAGUGGCCGCAAAACCUCGUUUUCUUUGAACAGCUCGAAGGAACACUGAAGGAGUAUCUGGAGGGGACUCGGUAUCAGGAGUGUUGGAGGGGGUUCAACAGCCACUUCCAUGAUGAUUCGAGGAGGACUGGUGAUGUGGUCGUUUGGUGCUUGGAUGGUGUGUGA